AUGGCUCAUGCGCCCUCUCUGGCAGGAUCUAUCUACGCUGUCCUGCUGGUAGCUCUAGCUGAUCAGCGUAAAGAGCUCGUACAAUCAGUUGGUCUCUUUGCUUGGACGGUCGCUAACGUUCUACGUGAUCCCGACCCAAAUACUACGGCAGGUGAUAUAGUCAUUCAGCGUAUCAUUCCGGCUAUAGAGCGUAUACGAGGACAGCUACCUCUGCAAUUUGACGCGCUGUACUCUCCUCAGAUGCUGCUAGAACUUGGUGUGUCGUCGGACGCGCUUGAUUGCUCCAAUCUCGAGCACUCAGAUAAAUUGUUCGGCUCCUUGAUACUCAAGUGA